AAAGCAUCGGCCAGUGGUUGGAAGCACAGUCGAAUGCCCUGCGAGAUGGAUCGGCGACACCUGAUCAGAUGUUAUUUGUCGGGCACUUGAGGCGUAUCAUGGGACGUCCGAUCUCGAAGACCCGCUCAGAGAUCGACGUUUUGCUAGAAUCAUGUCAGACGCUCGGCAAGGACCUUCACCCAGAGAUUCGAACCGCUCUGUUUGAGCCAGAAGGAUUGGGUCGUCAACCCGAGCCGUCUUAUGAUUUGUGGCCUCGACGCCCCCUCAACGAACUGGAACAUCUCAGGUCUGAAGGUCCUGUACAGUUUUUACUAAAAGUGUGUAGGCCAUCUUGGGCUUCAGAAGAAGAGUCUCGUAAAAGAAACAAUGGAAUUGCGUGCAGGUUUGACAAAGCCUUCAAGCAAAAGUUUGAAGGGAACGCCGUGGAUCAGUUCGUCAGGGAUCUCGAAGUCUACCGUUUGUUAUACAACAAGUCCCGAUACUAUGGAAGGAUCAUUGCCAUCAUACAGUCGAGCGGCACGGGUAAAUCCAGAUUGAUGAGGGAACUUGCCAAUACCAUCCCAUCCGUCACCGUCACCUUCAGAAGCCCGCGCUAUUACAAGGAUAUCAGCGAGGGGUGGCCACCUCCCGAUCAGUCAGUACAAGACUUUCUUCUGAAAAGGCGUCCGAACGUCAGGGCGGAAAUGGUCGCGGGGGCAUUCCUUGGCGCGAUGUUCAAGUUUCUUAUUGCCAAGUGCAAUGACGGCCCUCUAGACUCGAACGCUUUGGGACAAAGAUGGGUGACCUCUUUCAUGAUCGAAGAUGCUUCCGAUCCCAAAGCGUCAACACGACAUCGGUCGUUCGACGAAAUCAAGGGGCUUGCGGAGGAGUUACUUGACACUUACGCCGGGACUUUGGGCUACAACGGAGAGGAUUACGAUCAGAAUGCACUCGCCACUUGGUACGGGCAAGUGUACGAAACUCUGUGUUACGGGGAAGUCAAGGCUUUAGCGAGCAUCCUUCAAGCGGCCCAACAUAACUUCAUUGUCAUAGGCUUUGACGAAUGCCACUUUCUAAACAGCCACGAGGGUUUGAAGAGCGAUCCAACUGGAAUGACUAUUCGCGCGUUUCGGAGAGUUAUUGGAGCUGCCGACGGCUAUCGGACCGGCGCCUUCCAUGUCUGGUAUACCUUCAUCGACGCUGAUGCUUCUUCGUAUGAUCUUGUUCCACAUCGGCGAGGAUUUUACUCGUCCCAUCGCGGUGGGGAGCUAGAUCUGCUCAUGCCAUAUCCGUUUACUGGGUUCGACCAACUCGCGCCUUCAGAUGCUUCCAAUACUCCCCAAGAUGGCCUUGAUAUCGAUCGAGUACGGAAAUACGGGAGACCGUUAUGGUCCGCAGAUACCGUCGAGCCCGUAGAGCAGCUUGCUUCUAAUAAGCUUUUCGGUGGCAAGUCAUUCAGCCCUCACAGCCCAGAUCCAGACGACGUCCUCGCCGCCUUUUCCCAGAGAGUGGGUCUCACCCUGGCCCACUCUCCCGAAUCUAAUUGUAUGGCUGUCAAGGCGGUCCACUCCCACAUGCGGAUGCUGUAUGCUGCCACGAAUGACACCUGCAUCGAAACGAGAGUUCCUUCGGAGCCCAUCCUGGCUCUAGCAGCUGCCCUAACACUGCGGCCCUCGACUCAUUCCAUCAGGAAUGCUAUAAUAAUGCUGGCUGACAAGUUGGCAGGUCAUGUCGUGGAUCACGGCGUUCAAGGCCAACUCUGUGCUCGCCUGCUCCUCACUUUAGCCCGUGACGCGGCGACAUACUGUGCACACACGACGGGUCCAGACAGGGACUACUUCAUCAAUCUCGAGGGCACGAGACGGUUCAUUGCAACUGUAACUCUCGAAGAUCUACUCAAAAAACUUCACGGGUCUCAUGAAGACGCGGCUUACCUAUCUCUCUUGUACGCCGCACGAAGGAAGCACGUCAACUUCACGCACUUCAUUCACCUCGAUAAGGAGGUUGGAAACAUUUCGGCGUCCUUCCUGCAUUAUCUCUGGGAUCGGCAAUGCGCAAUUCAGUGCACCCAUAGCCAGCCGGUCGUCAACAUCAUCAUCCCCACGUACACGGGCUCCCUGGACGCUAAGUGGGAUGACGACAAUACAGGCACAUUCUCUAUUCAAGUCAAAACCAAAGGACGGGUUGUCAAUGCUUCUGCCGUCGAUGCACUAGUCGGCCCUCGUAUCAACGGGAGGAGGCCUCAAGACGAUGUUGUCAUGCUUAUGGAGUUCGGGGCACAGGAGAAUUUCGAGACCACCGGGACGAUUGCUCAUUACUCUCGCCAGCUGGCCUCCGUUCCACUAACAUCGUCCUGGAACGGGUACGAACGACCAGAGACCGUGAGGCGGUGGUGCAUUCAUAUUUCUGGAUACUCUGGGGACGCAUACCCGGUCAUAAGACCGCACUGGGCUCCCUUCAAGCAGAUAUUCGAGCGUUUGUGUCCUUGGCCAAAGGAAUUCUCCAGCCGGGGUGAUGCGUUCGAAGCGUUACUGUCAGGUUCAGUUUCUUCUGACGGUAAUCCUAUCGUCGUGGACCUAGACGAGACGACACAAUAGGCGAAGUCAAUGGCUGUGUUUCGGGGGGCAUGUUGUACUUUAGUUUGAAUGAAUGAAUGAAGUAUCAUUUUAAUGUUCCGAGGAGGUAGGUCACCUCGACGGACAGUUCUAUUCUAGU